AUGGAGGAAGAGGUAGAGGCCUUCCAUUCUUUGUAUGAGAGGCUAUCCUUAUACUUGGUGGAAACAGAGGCCUAUGAUCGAGUCUCGACCUUAGAAAUUGUUAAUGAAGAGUUCACAGACCAAGAAGAGGAGGAAGAAGAGAUUCGGCUUGCUCCAGCGGCAUUGGAUGACACACCUCCGAAGGUUAGGGACCCUACUGAAAAGGUCAAUCUGGGAACAACUGAUGAGCCUAUAGAAGUGGCUAUCAGCACUUACUUAGAGCCUAGCGAGAAACAGAGGCUCGUCGAAUUAUUGUUGGAAUUCAAGGACUGCUUUGUGGAAAAAUACGAGGACAUGCCAGGCCUAUCACCAGACUUGGUAUGCCACCAACUACCAACGCUGCCUGAUAAGAGACCUGUGAAGCAAGAGCCGCGAAGAAUGAACUCGGAGACCCAAGUUCUGGUCAAAAAGGAAGUCGAAAAGAUGUACAAGUCGGGCAUUAUCAGGGUAGCCAAGUACAAUAAGUGGCUGUCCAAUAUAGUGCCUGUUCGCAAGAAGAAUGGCAAGAUGAGGAUCUGCCGGGAUAUCACCAGAUUCCUGUCACGGAAGAAGAUAGACACAAGACCGCAUUCCGCUGCCCUGGAGGUUUACAUUGAUGACGUCGUCGUGAAGUCUAAGAAGAGUGGAGAUCACUUCACAGAUCUCAGAAAAAUUUUCGAGCGCAUGCAACUACACAAGCUCAAGAUGAAUCCAGCCAAAUGCGUUUUUGGAGUUCAGGUAGGAGAUUUCCUGGGAUUCAUUGUCCAUCAAAGAGGCAUUGAGGUCCCUGAGGAUAAAGCAAACGCGGUCAUCAAUGCAUCUCCCCCGCGAACAAAGAAAGAGUUACAGCGACUACUGGGUAGGAUCAACUUUUUGCGACGAUUCAUUUCUAACUCUUCAGGCAAAAUCCAUCCAUUUUCCCCACUGUUGAAGUUGCAAGGACAAAAUGAGUUUGUGUGGGAACCUAAACAUCAAGAGGCUUUCGAUAAAAUCAAGGCCUAUCUGGCGAGCCCGCCAGUGCUUGUUCCUCCUAGAACGGGAUUUCCAUUAAAGUUGUAUGUUUCAGCAGCUGAGGCUUCCAUUGGUAGCCUCCUCGCUCAGGAUGAUGCAAAUGGUGUUGAACAUGCCAUCUUUUACCUCAUAUGUGCCACAGAAAGCAAUAAAGGGCAAGCCAUAGCAGACUUUCUGGCACAUCACCCUAUGCUGGAUGUCCCCGCGGUUAGAGAUUUAGAGGUCGCUGCCACAACUUUAGAUCACUCAGAUUUAGCGUGCUUGCCAGAGUACGCCGCGCUUUAUCAAGCCACAGUCUCACUCCAGCCUUGGGUGUUAUAUUUUGACGGGUCAAGAACAGAUACGUUAGCAGGAGCAGGGGUUGUCUUGGAAAACCCAACCGGCGAUCGAUUUUCCUACUCUUUCCAGUUGGAGUUCCAGUGUACCAAUAACCAAGCAGAGUAUGAGGACCUCAUUAUAGGCCUAGAAGUACUACUGGAAAUGGGAAUCGGAGAUGUACAAAUACUUGGCGAUUCUCUCUUGGUUAUCAAUCAGUUGUGCAAUGAGUUCAGAUGCAAUAGCUUCACGUUGGUUCCUUAUUGGAACAGGGCAUUAGACCUAUUGGACCAGUUUGAUAACAUACAUCUUGAGCACAUUCCUCGCGAGCGAAAUUUUGCAGCGAACAAGUUGGCCCAGCUGGCAACAGGGGUAACAUUGAGAUAUGGCGUGCGGGAGAGAAUCCUUAAAGUCGAGCGUCGCACACUCCCUUCAUGGAUGGCGAGAAGAGAUCCUCCAGAUGAUACCUCAGUCGCGACCUUGGAACCCAUUGACGUGGAUUGGCGCAUCCCUUUGAUCGCUUAUCUCAAGCAGCCAGAUCCCACUGCCGACAGGAAGAUUCGUUUUCUUGCACUAAAUUACUUUCUUAGAGGUAACGAGUUGCGACGACGCGGCGAAGAUGGCAUAGACUUCAGAUGUGUUUAUGGCUGCGAAGCGAAACAACUCAUGCGCGAAGUUCAUUCCGGCAUUUGUGGGGCUCACCAAGCAGGUCCAAAGAUGCGAUGGUUGCUCAGACGACAUGGAUAUUUUUGGCCCAGUAUCUUGAAGGAUUGCAUCGCAUUCGCUAAAGGUUGUUUGGACUGCCAAGCUCAUGGGCCGGUCCAGCAUCACAAGUUCAUCAUUGUCGCGACCGAUUUCUUUACAAAAUGGGUCGAAGCAGAACCUUUGAAAGAAGCAUCUGGUGGUGCGUUGCGACAAUUCCUAUUUAGGAACAUCAUAUGCAGAUUUGGUAUCCCAGAAGUUUUUGUUUCGGACCGGGGGGCAGCUUUCAUGGGUGGUGAAGUUGAUAAACUGGCAAAGGAAUGGGGAAUACAGUUCAUCCAUUCCAGUCCUUAUUAUGCUCAGUCUAAUGGUCAAGCGGAGGCCAGCAACAAAAUCAUCAUCACUUUGCUGAAGAAAAUGUUGGAAGCUAAUCCGCGACAAUGGCAUGAAACCCUUUAUGAGACUCUUUGGCCUACCGCACAUUGA